AUUUAGGCCACAGUUGACAUUACAUCAAAGUCAAAAACUAGUAAAGAGUACAUUUUAUCUAUGAUCUAUGAAUAUUUAUUAUCUCUAGAUUAUAAAAUCCUAUAAAUUUUUGAAAAUCGCCAGCAAAUUUUGUUGUACUUUGGUACACGCAUUUCAACUUUUAGAUAGAAUACGGUGAAGAUGUUUGGAACGAAAUAAAAAAGGUAGCAAACUGCGAGAACCAAGUAUUCAACACGCACCAAGUUUAUCCAGACCAUACCUUGAGUGAUCUAGCUAUAGCUGCUGCGACCGUUUUGGGUGCUUCCUAUGACAGUUUCAUGAACUUUUUCGGGCGGUGCUUUGUGAGGUUUUUCACCAACUUAGGAUAUGAUGUUACUAUUAAAGGCACUGGUCGAUAUUUUACUGACUUUUUAGAAAGUGUCGAUAAUAUUCAUACCCAAUUUCGUUUUACAUAUCCAAAAAUGCAGAGCCCGUCGAUGUAUUUGACAGAUAUUGACGCUAAUGGUUGCGUCUUGGUAUACAGAAGUGGCAGAACAGGUUUCACCCAGUAUAUAAUGGGACAAUUGGUGCAGAUUGCUAAAGAUUUUUACAAUUUGCCUCUGGGUGUCAAAGUUUUGGAGAAAGCAUCUUCAGCUAGUGGGGCUAGAAGUUUUGUAAUAGUAACUUUUAGACUUAAUUAUGAUAAUAGACCAUAUAUGCUCCAUAAAUCCCGUAAGGAUUCGUUCCACACCAGCGGACUUUUAACUCCGUUUUCCAGCGAGGUUCUGCUAGAACUGUUUCCGUUUUGCUUAAUAAUAGACAAAAAGAUGAAUAUCAUUGCUUGCGGUAACAAAUUCCUGGAAAUAUGGAGAGGAAAGGAAAAUUUCUUCGACAAAUCCAUUACAAAUUAUUUUCGACUGAGAAGACCAAAGGGUAUAUCGUUCACUUGGAAGAACACUUUAAAUCUCCAAUCCGUCAUGUUCGAGAUGGAGUGCAACAGAGGAAUUGAAAAUUACAACGAAAUUACCGAUGAAACAAAUGCUGCAAAAGAAAAAGAAGAAAAGCGGCUGUCAACACCGCAGGAAAUUAAAAAUAUCAUACUGAAGGGACAAAUGAAAUACGUCAAAGAUAUCAACGCAAUAAUUUAUUUGUGUAGUCCAGUGAUUAACGAUCUGGACGACUUAGUAGAUCAGGCACUCUAUUUAAACGAUCUAAAUCCACAUGGGUUAAGCAAGGAGCUAGUGUUGGCUGGAUGGCAACAUAACUCACGACUUGAAGUGAUGUUUGAUAAAGCAGAACAGAGAUCUGAUGAGUUGGAUAAAAAUUUCCAACUGUUAGAAUCAUGGAAACGUAGAGGUGACGAACUUUUAUAUUCGAUGAUUCCCAAAUCUGUCGCCGAUCGAUUGAGAUCUGAUAAAUCGAGUCUUACUACUUGUGAGGCCUUCGAAUCGGUGAGCAUCCUGUUCUGCGAACUGGUUGGACUGACUUCUGAAACCGUCAGAGAAACUAUGGUCGUAGUUUCAACAAUGAACACAGUUUUUUCUUUAUUCGAUGCAUUGAUGGACAAAUUUCACGUCUACAAGGUUGAAACCGUUGGACAAGUUUACAUGGUUGCCAGCGGAGCUCCAGAACGGACGCCACUGCACGCUCAAAAUAUCGCUGAUUUGGCUUUGGCUAUGUUGAGCGAAAUAAAGCGAAUAAACUUGAAGAAAACUGUAGUCGAUGUUAAAAUAGCCAGGAAAUAUAAAUAUUUCCAACUCCAUGAAAGAACUGUUACCAAAAAACAAGUACAACAUCCAAAGUCGAGGACUCGUCAAAAUUAAAGGCAAAGGAAAUAUGCAAACUUACUGGUUAUCAGAGAAAUAAAGUUGAUUUCCCAUCGUUAGUACCUGCUGAAAUAAAAAUACCGCUAUGUAGACUAAAAAACUAUAUUUAUUAAAUUAGAAUUAACUGUUAC